AUGAAGUUGAUACCUAUAGUGUAUAACGUAUACGCCAUGGUUAUGGGCAUGACCUCAUACGCUGUAAUUGGUGGAAAAUUCAAGCAAACAAGAUUUAGCCAGGCAUAUGCUGUGGUUAUGAACGCCAUCACGUUGAUCUUGCUGCCAAUUGGUCUCUGGAAAUCGGCUCGCGAAAUGGAAUCGGCGCCGUGGUUGCCUUCCUACAUGUGGAUGUUACCCUACGUUCUGUAUUCUUGUAAUUACGCUGCCGUUGCCUAUACAUUGAUCAUGAGAUGUUUUAGGGAUGCCAUGUUGAUAGACUUACAGCUCGUGGUGGAACAAAUAAACCGGGAAAUUUCGCGUUCAGGAAAUCAUAUCAAUUCCAAGUUAUGUCAAUUUUUUUAUUUGAAAAGCUUUACGGUUGGUUAUGUAUGUGCAUCGUAUAUAGUGUCAGUAUUCAUUUUUGCACAGAAACUAUCUUUGCAUCAUCAAAUUGCUGGAUUUUUAGUUAACACUUUCCUAAACAUUUUGGUUGCUUCCACAUACUUGUAUUUUGUUUCGUUUUGGCAAAUUGCGCGAGGCUAUGAUUUUGUGAAUCAACAACUGGAAGAGAUCUUUACAACUCAAAGAACGAAUUCAAAAGCCCGGGCAAAACAACUUCAAAGCCUGUGGGCUCUGCAUGCUAGCCUUAAAAGGACUGCCCAAAUGAUAAAUAGGCACUAUGGUCUACAAAUGCUUGCGGCCCGUUUUGAUUUUUGCAUGUUCUCUAUACUCAAUGGUUACAUGGGCUCUAUCUACGCACAUUCUAACCAAGCGAGCGCGAUGGAAAAGCUUUUUGGAGCUGUGCUUCAUUGUACACGAGCAGCAGACUUCUUUCUUAACGACUAUAUAUGCGAUAUUGUCACCGAGUAUCAAAACAAACCAAAGUAUUUCGUCACCGAAGGAAACACGUGCAAGGAGCUUACUGUUUACCUGAUCUACGAAAGCAGUAGUACAUCUACUUUUAUGGUUUGCGGACUAUAUCCGGCAAACAGAAAUAAAUGGCUUAAAAUGAUGGCAUCUAUUGUUGUGCACAUCAUGUUGCUGUUGCAGUUUGAUAUGGUUAUGAGCCAAAAAUAG